UCUGCUCAUCUGUAUAUCUGGAGAGAGAGAGAGAGAGAGAGAGAGAGAGAGAGAGCGAGCGAGGCAGGGAGGACGACAGAGGGAGAGAUAGAAAGAUCCGAACCCCGUUUUCGCUGUCCAGAGAUCGCGAUCGUUCGAAGGGGAGAGGGAAAGGGCAAGGAAAAGGGGAGCGGCGCUGACUUGUGUUUGUUUUCUUUCUCCGGUUAUGGGGGAUGAGCCGAGUACACGUCUGAUGAAAAUGCCCAAAGAGGGAGAGCGCAUCCUCGCCCCGAGCCGGCGGCCUGACGGUACCCUUCGUAAACCCAUUCGUAUCCGCGCCGGCUACAUAGCCCAGGAAGAAGUAGCAAUCUACCAGUCCAAGGGCACCCUUAUGAGGAAAGCGGCGGAAUCGCUGGUCCCUCCUGGUUACGAUCCGGCGCUGGAUGCGAAGCCGAAGACCAAGUCUGCCAAGAGGAAUGAGCGGAAAAAGGAGAAGAAGCUCCAGGCUUCACUUGCUACAGCAGACAAGGGGAAUAACUUGGACGUAGAGGAAGCUUUAGAGAGAAUAGCUGAAGAGCCUUCUGCGGCUCUUCAUGAUAGGCAAGAUGCUGCAGAAUCAAUUACGGAGGGGAUAAAUAAUCUUUGUGUUUCUCUAUCAAAAGAAACAUUGGAAACUUCAAAAACUGGAGAAUGUUCUGGUGCAGAUAUUGAUAAGAGAAUUCGAGCUUUAAAAAAGAAGAUUCGAUUGGCUGAAGGCCAGCAGCUAAAAGGAGAACAGUCAAACAUGAAGCCAGAGCAAAUUGAAAAAAUGGCAAAAAUUGCAGAUUGGCAUGCAGAACUCAAAUUGUUGGAGGAUAAGAGGACUAAUAUGGCUUCAUGAGAAAGUCGCAGGUUCUCAACCAUGGGUACUAACUGUUUAGAUCUUUUUAUCGUAAUUUUGCUUCUCAUUCAACCCACCCAUUUAUGGGAUACUUAAGAACUUAAUUUUAGAUGGUAUAUUUACAUAAUGUGCUGUAACUACACUAACUUAGAAUUUAUGGACACUGAAGACAUUUAAGGUUGUGGUGUCCUUUGUUUCA